AUGGUUUCAACCCGUAGUAGAGCUGGAGUUAACAAGCAAGCUGACGCUGGCCCCUCAAGACCCACUAACAUCACCCCGGAUCUGGCCACAAUCCUUGACGGCCAAGUCAAAAUGCAACAGGAGCUGGCUAAUCUGAAGAAAUGCAGCACUGAUGAGAUGGAGGCACUACAACAGGAAAACUAUCGCCUCAAACGAAAGAUCGAGGCCGAUCCCACUAAGAAGGGAAAGGCCAAGGAAGCAUCUGAAGUUGCAAGGUCCCCAGCCUUCCAGCCCACAAAAGAAGAAAGCGAGUACAACCCCACCCCUCACACCUUCACACCACCCAACAAAAACCCAUUCCCUCAACCCAUCUCACUCACUUCCCUUCCAUCCUACCAGGGCACACCGCGACCCCUACCCCUGCCACUACCCUCCCCACCACCCACGUCCCCUACAAUAUACCCACCACCCUACACACUACCCAUGCCCCACCUUAAUACCCACACUACCUCCCUGCGACCCACAUCCCCCCUCACAACUUCACCUCCACCUUUCCCUCUCUUGUCCACUAUCCCAUUCCCUCCCACCCAAUACCACCACACCAACCCAGACGUCGCCACCCGUUCACCGACUUCAUCGUCAACACCCCCCUUCCCGCCCAGUAGGAACCCUUCACACUGGACCGCUACACUGGUGAAACCGACCUCGACGAACAAUUUAAAGUCUACAUCACCCAUGUUGCCCUGUACACCUCCCAAGACGCAGUCUUCUACAAAGCCUUUCCCACUACCAUCAAAGGCCCUGCUCUCGAAUGGUUCACAAUCCUCCCACCUUACUCAAUCGACAACUUUGACGCCCUCUCACACAUGUUCUCAACCCAUUUCGCUUGCAGCCGCCCACAUUAAACUACUACAAUCUCCCUCCUAG